CAGAGGGAGGUACGCGGGGUGUGUAAGUGUACCCAGUAAAACAAUUAUUAUUAAAUAAACUUCCACAAUUAUGUAUGCAAGUCAUUAGUCAGCGGCAGUGAGUCCUGACUGGUGGAAAGACGAUUCGAGCGAUUUAAGUGCGAUUAACUGGUGGAGGUUAUGCGCAUAGCCGUAUAUCCGAAGUGCGAAAAGUUUUUAACCUCGAUUUGCGAAUGGGCGAAGGGUUGCUUAAAAAUAAUCCAAUUGCAGUUACAAUCGUGCGCGAAAAUGCGAACUGCGUUUGCGAUGUACUUUAUACAGGCGUUGAUAUUGAGUGCCAUAGGAGAUGUCGGAUUCGUUUCCUGUACUUCCGACGUAGAUGAUGCCUUCAACGAGGAGCUUAUGCUGAAGCCCUUGCCAAGCGGACACGUCUACGCACAUUUUCAAUUUACUACCCUGUGGCGGACUGACAUUGAGACUGAAACCUUCCAACAUUCUCGGCUAUUUCCUCGUGGGUUAGGGGAAAUAAUCGGCCGGCACAAUGUCAGAGAACUUCACGUCAGUUUGACUGAAGGAUUAUGGCGUUACGAGAAAUGGGGAUAUCCUCUUCAAGAUACCGGUUCUGGCGCCGAGGUUUAUGCCUGGUUCAACGACGACCGAAGGAUCGAUGAGAAUUGGAAAAGCUUGACUAAUGCUCUUGCGGGUUUGCUGUGCGCGUCGCUCAAUUUUGUGGAUGUGUCCAACAGCUUGUCACCUGAUUUUACCUUUCGACCCAGCGGUGCUGUUCCAAGACCGCUAAACUCUAGCUGUCUUCGAUAUUCUUCGCUGCCAAGAGAAAUAGUUUGCACAGAAAACUUGACACCGUUUAAAAAAUUACUACCGUGCGACUCUAAGAAAGGAUUGGCUACUCUCUUGAAUUCAGCAUAUAUCCAUAACACUAAUUACCACUCGAUAGCUGUUGAUGUACGACCUGUAUGUACCAAUGCAGCAUGCACGCAAACUACCAUUGAACUGCGGCAAACAAUUUCAUUGGUCUACGACACUAUGACAACUGAUUCGCAGGACUGGUCGGUGCGAAAGCUUUUCGGCAUUGGACUCCGAAGCGCUUGUCCAUUGGCCACCCUGAGCCAUGUAUAUGUAGAUGUAACCGAUAAUGAGACAUCUGAAACUUAUCGGCUAGUGCCUGAGCCACCGGAGACUCUAAUCAGCUUACGAGGAGGUCAAGAAAAUAGAAUAGCUGUGUACGAUAUUAAAUCUUUCUCCAAUGCCGGGAUGUUCAAUGUCGCUGCUGUCCAUAGCAAAGCCAAAAUUUAUGGAAUCGAAAUUCCACCGGUGCUCUUUGCAAACAGAUAUGUAGUAGGCUAUGGUCAAGAAAGAGGCGGCCUGGUGACAAAACUCCAUAAUAAUUACUGGAAGCCAUUGGAUGUCGUGCUCCUGGAGAACAUUCCAUGGUACAUACCGGUCUACACUCAUACCAUAAGGAUCACCUGCCAGGGGAAAUUACUCAAGCCUCUAAUCAAGCGAUACGUGCCUGGUAGAGAAAGGGAACGUCCUUACUACCUCGAAAUGGUUCUGCGACUUCCCCCGCGUUCUGUAACAGAGUUUUCAAUAGAAUUAGACUAUCUUUUUCUCAAGUGGCAAGAAUACCCUCCGGACGCUAAUCACGGGUUCUACAUGGGCCCUGCAAUAAUAACCUCUCUUCUCCCAACUGCGAGAAAUUACACCGCUCUACCUCAGGACGGAAGUACUAUUUCAUCCAGUUUCAAUGCAUCUCGGGACGGUUACCUGGUCCAAUUACGGACUGAGAUUCUACUUGUCAGUCUGCCAACGCCUGACUUUAGUAUGCCUUAUAAUGUUAUUUGUCUGGCUUGUACGGCCGUGGCACUGGCUUUCGGACCCCUCCACAACAUAACAACAAAGAGGCUUGUUCUCAAGCCAUCUAAGAAAAAUAAACUAGUUUCUUACAUCAGAGAGAAACUCUCCAAAACAAAGGUAGAUAAGAUAGAGUAGAUAUGCAAAGUUCUCUUCAGUCAUAUUUGCUAUUCGCUC